AUGGUAUCUCUACUGAAUGCCCAGAGGCUAGUCAGUCUGGCUCAAUUCGAUCCCAAACUGAAGAAUAUAUGGUAUUUGAUAGCAGCUGUUACUUUUAGUGUGUGCAACCAGCCGCAAGAGAUCCCCAAAUUAUACCAUUAUGCCCUGCUACUGAAUAGCGAGGGCGAGAAGAACGAUGUAGGUAGUCUGGCGGACAGGACAAUUGAUAUGCUGCGUAACGAGAAGCUAGCUCUGCGGACAUCGAUCGACGAAUUAUAUCCCCAACCGUCUGCGUUACAGAGGCAGCUUACAGAGAGGUUUAGAGAAGCCUUUAUGAAAUCUGGACCGCUUGGAGGGCUCCCCAAGGCCAUUAACGUGCUGACGCAGCUGAAAGAAGUGACCCCUACGAAAUUGCUACCGUCGACGCAAGAGAUCGACCCGUUUGCGGCGGCCAGCGGCGGUCAGUCGUGCUAUGAAAGUGUGGGAAGGGCACGAGAGAAUCCUGAAAAGACUACGAGAAGGGGUCUUGAGCAUUGGAAUCAGAUAUAUUCCAAAGUAUCGAAAAGAGUCGCUAAUAACUUGAACACAUGCUAUCCAGAUCUGUGGUAUUACACGCUGGCCCACGUAUACGGGCCGCUGUUGUCUUACGAUGAGAUACUGUCAGCGCAGGAGACGAACCUGAUAAUAAUCGCGUCGCUUGUGCCACAGGAUGUAAGCCCUCAGCUUCGCGGCCACCUAAAGGGAGCACUGAACCUUGGUUGCGAUAGGGAGACGGUAGAUGCAGCAAGAAAUUUGGCGAUUUUGGUUUCCGGAUGGUGUGGAAUUGCAUUGAAGUCAGAUGCGGUGAAAUUAUAG